GGGGAAGAGGAAGUCGACUUUCCAGCAGGACAGUGAACUGAACGUGCAACCAGAGCUAUGGGUGGAAUGGAGAGAUCCUUAAAAAGCUUGAUAGUUGAUGCUGACAUGUAAAAUUAAUAGAGACACAACCAAAGCACUGACUCGUGUGAGGUGAAAACUCUGAAUAUAGUAUUCAAGAUAUGUGGAUAUUAUUGCAUGGCAAUGCAUGUCCUAAAGAAACUCUACAGCUCAGUCGCGGUUGCGCAAAUAACCCUCAAAGGAAGUCAUAAAACAGUCCCUGGGCAGUGCAGAACUUUAAAAUAGAGAACUAUGACCUCCAACAGGCUUGUUGUGUUCAGUACAGUCAAAGUGGGAAACAGCCUGCAGUAUUUACCAGAUUUCUGCACAAGUUACAUAGCCUGGAGGUGAUCGUCACCACCAGAUUAAGCACCUUUGACCUCCAGCAGUAAGCGGCUCACGGAGGCGCGCGCGCACACACACACACACGCACACACGUACACACACACGCACCCAAGCAGCGACCGGUUUGUCACAUGACCACCAGCGUGAAGCCCAGUCUGCCUGUGCGUGUUUGGCUCCUAUUUCCGUGUUCACCCACACCGACUGAAUGAGUCUCUACCAACACCGCCUCCACAGCAGCAGCAGCAGCAGCAGCAGCUCUGUACCUGCUGCCUGACGCAGAGAAACCGCGUCCCCGUGCGGGCACCGUCGCCCACCCGCAUCGCUCCGCCGCCCGCAGCAGCCAUGCUCACGCGGGUGAAGACGGCCGUGGCCAACCUAAUGGGAGGCGUGAUGGCCGGAGGAUCUAACGGAGAGCAUCCCGGCGGCCCGGAGCUGCCGCUCAAAUUUCCGUACAGCAGACCGGAGUUCCUGGGACUGUCUGCCGACGAGGUCGAGUGCUCGGCGGAUCACAUAGCGAGACCGAUCCUGAUCCUGAAGGAGACCAAGCGGCUGCCGUGGGCCACCGGCUACGCGGAGGUGAUCAAUGCUGGGAAGAGCACCUUAAACGAGGACCAGGCCUGCUGCGAGGUGCUCAUGCUCAAAAGGAGGCCUCUGGAGAGCUCAGCGCCAAACCGAAACCCCGCUGCCCGCCGGAGGUCUUCCCUACCCAACGGAGAGGGCCUCGGCCUCCGGGACAGCGGCGACGGCUCAGAGGAUCUUACCUUUCACUACUGGGCGCUGUUCGAUGGCCACGCCGGCUCUGGAGCUGCCGUCAUGGCGUCUCGUCUUCUCCAUCACCACAUCGCGCUGCACCUUCAAGAGGUGAUGGAGAUUCUGUGCGCGCCCAACCUGUUGCCGCCCACUUGCCUGGACGAGGAGCCCGUCAAUCACCUCCUGCCCGCAACGUCCAACCGCGCCCUGUCUAGGGCCGUGUCGCUACGAGGAGCCGCGGGCGCCCCGGGUUCGCCCAGCGCCCCGCCAGCGCGCUUCUUCACUGAGAAGAAAGUUUCGCAAGAAAGCCUGGUUAUCGGAGCCAUAGAGAACGCCUUCAAAGACAUGGACGUGCAGAUCGAGAAGGAGAAGGCGUCCUUCAACAUCUCAGGAGGCUGCACCGCUCUAAUGGUCGCCUGUCUGCAGGGGAAGCUGUACGUCGGCAACGCAGGGGACAGCAGAGCGAUCAUUGUGCGAGCCGGGGAAGUCGUUCCCAUGUCAUCGGAGUUCACGCCGGAGUCAGAGAGACAGCGGCUGCAGUUUCUGGCGUACAUGCAGCCACACUUGCUGGGGAACGAGUUCACACACCUGGAGUUCCCACGGCGGGUGCAGAGGAAGGAGGUGGGGAAGAGGAUGCUGUACCGGGACUUCACCAUGUCGGGAUGGGCGUAUAAAACCAUAGAGGACGAUGACCUGAAGUUCCCUUUGGUCUACGGCGAGGGGAAGAAGGCGAGAGUGUUGGCGACCAUCGGGGUCACGAGAGGCUUCGGGGACCACAGCCUGAGAGUUCACGACUCCAACAUUUACAUCAAGCCCUUUCUGUCCUGCUGCCCAGAGGUCAGAGUUUACCCCUUAUCGCAGUUCGAGCACGGAGCAGAUGACGUUCUGAUUCUGGGAACCGACGGCCUGUGGGACGUCCUCUCUAACCAGGAAGUGGCCGAAGCGGUCACCGGUUUCCUGGCGAACUGCGACCCAGACGACCAGCACAGGUACACAAUGGCCGCUCAGGACCUGGUCAUGAGGGCGCGCGGGGAACUGAAGGAUCGUGGCUGGAGGAUAUCCAACGACCGAUUGGGCUCCGGAGACGACAUCUCCGUCUACAUCAUCCCCCUCAUGUACGGGAACAAGCAGAACUAGCAGAGGAGCCAGAAACAGCCAUAAAGUUUUCCUUGUUGUCGUCUUUUUUUCUGUUGUUGUUGUUGUUGUUGUCGUAAAGACGUGCGGAUUUCCGGAAGGAUCUGAGCCGAUUCUUCUUCUCCGGACUUGGAUUUCUCUUUGUUGUAAAGAAGAAAAGGAGAAACCAGACAACGAAAGGAUCUGCUGAUGACUUGAAUUAUUAUCAUUUUUUUUCUUUUUUAAGUCUUGAGGAAGCCAUCUUUAUCUCGGACAGUCCGGCGACGUGCGUCUCAGGACCGCUGUUACUUCACAAUGCACAAUAUUUAUAAAUGUGAUGCGUGUAAAUACUAGCACAGCGUUUUGACAAAAGUGGGACUUGUGGAAUAUUUGUAUGAUGUACGGAGAAGAAAACAAAAAAGGUCUUGGCACUGAAAUGGAGAAAAAUAAAAUGUCAAAUCAUGCGGUCAGCCAGGCCUGGGUUGGCGUUUUGGUGAACUAGACUUAGCAGAACUACAAUUCCCAGCCCAGGUUCGACUCUAAUCAAAAAAAGAAAGAACUAAAGGCCUCUUUCUCUUGCACUUUGAGAACGUUCUGUCUUCCUCUUCCUCGUUCCUUUGACUAGCAGGUGCCUCCAACAUGAAUUGAUCAAAUGUUUUUGUUUUUUCCCAUAAAGUCCUUCUAAAUGGA